AUGGUCAAGGCGGCCAUAACCUUCGGAGCGGCAUGCUCAAUGUUCGUCGUGGUGGCGUGCCUGUGGGCCGGAGCCAUCAUCUACCGCGAUAUCAAUGACAUGUACGACGACAUCAUGCGCGACAUGGGCUCUUUCCGAGGAAUCUCCGAGGACACCUGGGGCGAUAUUCUGAUGAUGCAGCGCGGAAAGAACCCCAACCAGCUGCGUGAGUAUGCUGAGGAGGUGUUCGGACGACACAAGAGGAGCUCCCAGCAGUGCCGUUGUGGAGUGCAGCGCGCUGGAUGCCCCGCCGGUCCCCCCGGACCUCCUGGACUCCCUGGAGCCUCUGGAGAGGUCGGACCCGACGGAGAUGUCGGACAUCCUGGAGAGCCCGCCCUCGUCCCACCGGCGCCCGAGUUCGAGCCCCACGGCUGCAUCGAGUGCCCGGCCGGACCCCCUGGCGAGCCUGGACUUCCUGGACUCGAGGGAUUGGCUGGAGCCCCUGGCGAGCCUGGCAAGCAGGGACCCGCUGGACAAGACGGAGAGACUGGACCCCAGGGAACCAUCGGAGACCAGGGAGAGCCCGGAUUCGACGGACAGAACGGCAUCGACGGACCCCCUGGACAAGAUGCUGUCACUGGAAAGGGAGCCCCCGGUCUGCCUGGACGUCCCGGUCUCACCGGAUGCAUUGGAGAGCCCGGACGUGCCGGAGACAACGGCCCCGAUGGAGAGCAGGGACCCGCUGGACCUACCGGAUUCCCCGGAAAGGACGGACUUGCCGGUCACGAUGGACCCCGCGGACACCAAGGACUUCUCGGAGCCCCUGGAGCCGACGGAGAGUACUGCGACUGCCCCGAGGGCUCGCACGCCACCAAGAAGCACGUCAAGCGCAACCACCACCACCGCCGCCGUCGCGUC